GCAGAAGUGGAGAAGUGGAAGAGUGGAACUGGAAGUCGUUUAGUCGUUAUUUCAUUAUUUUUAUUUUAACCUCAACUAAGUUAAACUUAACUUUCAACGCUUUAUUAAUUAAUUUACCGUAGCUAUAUUUCCGUGAUGGUCAGAAUAGCUGUUGUGGGAUCUUGCAUGAUUGACCUGACAUGUUUUGCACGAAGACUUCCGAAAUAUGGUGAAACCAUCCACGGGACGAGUUUUAAACAGGACUGGGGAGGAAAAGGCGCAAAUCAGUGUGUUGCAGCGACUCGGCUAGGGGCAGAAACUGCUCUCAUUGCAUGUCUUGGCACCGAUUUUUUUGGUUCUGAAUACAAAAUAUACCUGGAAAACAGUGGAGUCAACACCAAACAUAUCUCACAAGAGCCUACCCAAAGUGGAGUUGCCCAGAUCUCAGUGGCAGAUAACGGAGAAAAUCAGAUCAUUAUUGUGGCUGGGGCUAAUAACUGUCUCUCCAAACAAAAAGUUGAAGAAGCAUCAGAAUAUUUGACAAGAGCCAAUGUAGUUGUGUUUCAAUUUGAGACACCUUUGGAAACCACCCUUUACGCCCUCAGGAUAUGUAAGGAGAAAAAUCCCAAAGGUUUGACGAUUGUAAAUGCUGCCCCAGCUGUUGAAACAUUGAAUGAUGAAUUGUACAGAUACACAGACAUCUUAUGUGUAAAUGAAACUGAGGCGCAAAUAAUGUCUGGGUUGCCCACAACAACAGUAUUAGAGUGUGAGGCUGCUCUGAAGAAACUGUUGACUUUUGGAUGUAAAACAGUAAUAAUCACUUUGGGAGAAAAGGGAGUAAUUUAUAGUUCCCCCCAGAGUGACAAUCAUAUAAAACAUGAGAAGGGGAAACCAGUGAAGAAUCCUGUGGAUACAGUGGGCGCUGGGGAUGUAUUUGUAGGAUCGCUGGCUUAUCUCCUUGCAUAUCGAACGGACAUGAGCUUUGAAAGGAAAAUCUCUGUGUCUUGUCAAAUAGCAGCUAUAUCCAUCAUGAAGAAGGGGACUCAGUCAAGUUUUCCAUAUGCGAGAGAUAUUCCAGCAGCUUUAUUGCUGGAAUAACGACUUAUUUACAUUCAUUUUUAGACUAUGGGAUGAUAAUAAACCAAAAAGAAUCAAAGGGCUAAUUAAUUUUAUACGAGCUUUUCAAUAUACUGUACAAGAUAUUUUUAUAAAAUAGAAGGAAGGAGGUUUAUAUGGUAAAGAGGAAGUGUAUGAUAUCACUGUAGAGUAGGCUGGAAGUGUUGUAAAACAAUAACUUGUAAUGCUGACCACAUAGGUUUAUUUUAGGUGUGUAUUUGAUCUGGGGUCUGUUUGUGAGAUUCAGUAGUGUAGGAUGUUCUGUAGACAUCCUUAUUGGGUUUUCAUCAAUUUUAUUAUUAACGUUUUCAAGACUAAUCUAAAGCCGCAUUUACACGAGGCCAGUAGAGCAGGCAGGUUACUUGCGUCUAGUUACCAGAGGCGAGUAGCCUGCCUGCCAACUGGCCUCGUGUGAACGCGGCUUAACUUUUGUUAAUCAUUAUUCCUUACAUAUCUGUUUUAACUUUUGAAUAAAUCUUGUUUCGUAA